AUGCAAAGAUUUCUUCUUCUUCCGAACCACUUUUCGGGUUCUUGCUUGUCCGCAAACCAACAGCCCUUUUCUCACUUCUUGAUCCAAACCUGUGAUAGCUGCACUUUGAAUGCCACGGUACUGAAGAAGGCAGAAGAUCCGUUCGACUUUUAUAUCUUUAACUCUGAUGUCUUCAUUGUGAAAGAUGAAGUCUUGAACACGAGUGCCUUGCACAUCAACUUGACACGGAAGCCUGAUACCGGCUUGCAAGGCGACAUGGAACACCAAAGCUGCUUUCUGUACCCUGCAAUGGUCAACUACAGCCCGAGUCUCGACCUUGAUGGGUUUUUCCAAUUUCAAAACUCAAGCUGGAAAAGCGAUACAGCCGUUAGUCUACUGAACUUGAACCAAAUCGAUAUCUUUGAAACCAUCAGCACCAACCUCUACCAAUCAGCCUCUCUAGCCAGGUUCACAGGCAAUCCUGGGAGGUGGACAAUGAACAACGUAGGCUUCCUCUCCAACAUUUACUUUGCCACCGAUCCCGGUUUUCAAUCCAGUGAAGAGCCAGAACAUCUGAUGUACACCGACCCAAUGGACAACCUGAUCAACUCCUUCCGUGACCUCGCUCUUCGCAUGUCGGUCAGGGAGGCCCAAGAGAAGAACGACGGAAAGCUCUCUACCGAGCUAGUCGUGGCACAGAACGUCUCCUACGUCAGCAACACCACAAGGGCCGAGUAUGCAACGGACGAAGAUGCGUUAGCUCUGGGUGUGGUUGUCAGCUUGAUAGGGCCUGUAGCUACCCUUGUUUUGUUCUGGGGCUUUUGGAGGCUGGGGAGGAAGGUGACGAUGAGUCCCUUGGAAGUCAUCAAUGCGAUGUCUGUUUCGCCGGCCACCGGUGCUCAAAACGGCACGGAAGUGGCUGGCAUCUUUGCUGAUUCCAAGGGCAAUGUUGAGGGCGCGGCAGUGGCGGAUUAUGUCAGGAGCAAGGAAACUGCAGGAAGCGGGGAGCCGAAGUUGCAGUACGGUGUUGUGGAGGAGACUGGCCGGUUGGGCAUGGUGGUGGUAAAUGGGGUGCUUCCAGAGAGGCGGGGAGUCAGGAGGCCGAUGAAAGGGGAGGUGUUGUAG